UGAUGUUUGGGAAGGGUGGGAAAAUUUGACUGCUUCAGAGCUUUCCAAGGUGUCUGUGUUUGCUCAAAACGUAACCCCAGCUGCUUAGCAACAAAACACUCUCUUCAGCCUCCACAGCCAUUCCUAGCAGUGAGCCCUGAUACCUGAGGAAGCUGGUGGUGGCAGAAAACAACGGAGGCAAAAGGACUUCCUGGUCAGGGAAGAUGUCUGCAAAUAACAAAACAGAGAGAUCGCAUUUGUUUCCACCAUUUUACAUUGAGAAGUAAAAUCUAUGACAACUUCAUGGGGACAGCCAAAAAUGUAAUAAGUGAAUCUGUUGAUGCAGAGGAUAGUUAUAACAUUAUGGCUUCUUUCCAGCGCUCUAACAGUCACGACAAGGUCCGGAGGAUAGUAGCUGAGGAGGGUCGCACAGCAAGGAACUUGAUUGCCUGGAGUGUCCCAUUGGGAAGCAAGGAGGAGGAUGGAAAACCUAAAUGGCAAGUAGGGGGGAAAUCAAAGAGAAUAACUCAGGGGACGCACAAAACAGCGAAACAGAGCACGACAUCAGAGUGUAAAGUAACGUCAAUGGCUGGAGAGAAGAAUGUAGAUAAAAGUCCCACAAAAAUGAGGCAGCCACGGAAAGUGGAUCUGAGAGGACGCUACUGGGCUUUCCUUUUUGACAACCUGAGACGUGCCGUUGAUGAAAUCUACGUCACUUGUGAAUCGGAUCAGAGUGUGGUAGAAUGUAAGGAGGUGCUGAUGAUGCUGGAUAAUUAUGUGAGGGAUUUCAAGGCAUUGAUUGAUUGGAUCCAGCUACAGGAAAAAUUAGAGAAGGCAGAUGCCCAAAGCAGACCUACUUCGCUGGCAUGGGAAGUAAAGAAGAUGUCUCCAGGACGGCAUGUAAUUCCAAGCCCAUCAACGGACCGAAUCGGUGUAACGUCAAAUGCACGGAGAAGUCUAAAUUUCGGGGCUCCAUCUGUGACGGUUACUUCAAGUCGUCUGGCUCCAUCAGGAGUAAGUUGGGCUGACAAAGUCAAAGCAAAUCAUACCACAACAGCUCCCAAUUUAGAGAAGGUAACGACACAAGCAUGCACACCAAUACCAGUGCCCAAGUCUUCCCGGAGAAAUGAACGAAAAGAUGCAGAAGGAUGGGAAACGGUCCAGCGUGGAAGGCCCGUUAGAUCCAAAUCUUCUGCUUUGGCUACUAAGUCAACUUCAUCUGCAGAAUUAUCAAGGUUCAAGGAUGACAGUGACAAAGAAAAUGUUGUCCGACCAUCAGAGAAUAAACGGAAGAGUUCAUUGACGGAAGAGAGUAUAUCUAAAAAUAUAGAACCCAUCCAGAAAGAUGCUUGCUACCUGUAUGAGCAUCCUCUUGCUGAAAGGACUCAGUUCACAGGCCGCAUACUGGAGGACAUCAAAAUCUCUGACAACAAUAGCUUACAAGAUGGUUCUCUGCAGUCCUCUUCUGAAGUGCCCGUUGUCUUCAUAGAUGCUGAACAUGCUACUACAAGUCCACAGAAGGAAGAGAGCACCAUUUCCAGUAGUGGAGAAGAGAGCCAAGCAGAGAAAAAUAAGAUAGAAAGUGAAAUGGAUCCUGCCGAUAUUUCAAAUUCCAUGGCAGAGGUUCUUGCUAAAAAAGAGGAGUUAGCAGACCGCCUGGAAAAAGCCAAUGAAGAGGCCAUUGCCAGUGCCAUUGCCGAAGAAGAACAGCUAACCCGAGAGAUUGAAGCGGAGGAGAACAAUGACAUUAACAUUGAAACAGACAACGACAGUGACUUCUCUGCUAGCAUGGGCAGUGGAAGUAUCUCUUUCUGUGGUAUUUCGAUGGACUGGAAUGACGUUCUGGCAGAUUAUGAAGCUCGUGAAUCUUGGCGUCAAAAUAACUCUUGGGGUGACAUAGUGGAAGAAGAACCAGCUCGUCCACCAGGCCAUGGAAUACACAUGCAUGAGAAACUCUCUUCGCCCUCUCGCAAAAGAACCAUCGCUGAGUCUAAAAAGAAGCAUGAAGAAAAACAGAUGAAAGCUCAGCAGCUGAGAGAAAAGUUGCGUGAAGAGAAAACACUAAAACUGCAAAAAUUAAUGGAGCGGGAAAAAGAUGUACGAAAAUGGAAGGAAGAAUUGUUGGAUCAGAGGCGGAGGAUGAUGGAAGAAAAAUUACUCCAUGCUGAAUUUAAGCGGGAAGUCCAAUUGCAAGCCAUUGUGAAAAAAGCACAAGAGGAAGAAGCUAAGGUAAAUGAAAUUGCAUUUAUAAACACUCUAGAAGCCCAGAAUAAACGACACGAUGUCUUGUCCAAACUAAAGGAGUAUGAACAAAGGCUGAAUGAACUGCAGGAAGAGCGCCAGCGCAGGCAGGAGGAGAAGCAAGCCCGCGACGAAGCUGUCCAGGAACGUAAAAGAGCUUUGGAAGCGGAGCGCCAAGCUCGGGUCGAAGAGCUGCUAAUGAAAAGAAAAGAACAGGAAGCUCGGAUCGAGCAGCAGAGGCAGGAAAAAGAGAGAGCCAGGGAAGACGCAGCUCGGGAGCGGGCCAGAGAUCGAGAAGAGAGGCUGGCUGCUCUGACGGCAGCUCAACAGGAGGCCAUGGAGGAACUGCAGAAGAAGAUCCAGUUGAAGCAUGAUGAGAGCAUUCGGAGGCACAUGGAACAAAUAGAGCAGAGGAAAGAGAAAGCCGCCGAACUGAGCAGCGGAAGACACGCAAAUACGGACUACGCACCUAAACUUACACCGUACGAGAGAAAGAAGCAAUGCUCCUUGUGCAAUGUCUUGAUUUCCUCAGAGGUGUAUCUCUUUAGCCAUAUUAAAGGGAAAAAGCACCAGCAAGCCGUGCGAGAAAACAGCAGCAUCCAAGGAAGGGAGCUUUCCGAUGAAGAAGUGGAACACCUGUCAUUAAAGAAGUACAUUGUGGAUAUUGUAGUAGAAAGCUCAGGCCCAACAGAGCCAUUAAAAGAUGGUGAGGAGAGACAGAAAACAAAAAAGAAGGCCAAGAAGCUAAAAGCACGGAUGAACUCAAGGGCCAAGGAAUAUGAAAGUGUAAUGGAAGCAAAAAACUCUUCCUGUGACUCCCCUUACAAAGCAAAGCUGCAGCGAUUAGUAAAAGAUCUGCUAAAGCAACUUCAGAUUCAAGACAGCAACAAAGUUUCUGCUCUGGAUAGAAUUUUAGGCGAGAUUUCACGUAUCCUGGAAAAAGAGAAUGCAGCAGAUCAAGUUGCCUUUCACGUGGCCGGGGGCUUUACGGCUCUGGAGCAAGUUCUUCAAGUCGUGAUGACUCCCACCAACCUGAACUCUGUUUCACGGAUUCCCCUGAAGUCACUCUACAGUACAAUAAAUGCUUACCACCUGGCAUGCAACAACUGUGUGGAGAACUGCACCUACGUGUUGUUUAGUAACAAGAUUACUUUUUUAAUGGACCUGUUGAUGCACCAGUUAAUGGUUUAUGUUCCAGAUGACCACAAUGCCACCCUAGGGAGAACUGCAAACAAACAAGUAUUUGAAGGUCUGACGACAGGAGUUCUAAGAAUUGUGGCUGUGGUGUUCCGGGGCCUGAUCUCCAGCGCACCUUAUGGAAACAAUCAGAUCUGUGCACCAAAAUUAAUACAAGAAAUGAAAAACAAGACCUCACAAGGCGAAGUCUUUAACAGUAGGAUACAAGACCUCAUCAGCUAUGUGGUGAAUAUAGGAUUAAUUGAAAAGCUGAGCUGCUGUUUCCUCUCAGUCCAAGGCCCAGUUGAUGAAAAUCCCAAAAUAGCCACUUUCUUGCAAAGUGUCACGGCCGUGUUGCAGGGAAUGUGCCAGUUGUGCUUUGCUGUCAAUGGGAGGUCAUGCAGCAUCUUCGAUAACCUCCGUCAGGAUCCCACAGGACUAACGGCAGCGCUUGAGGCGACAGAUCUGGUGGGCGUCUUGCACAUGCUGUACUGUAUUCUUUUCCAUGGGACAAUUGCAGACCCAAGCACAGCCAGCCCCAAAGAAAGUUACGCAGAGAAUACUGUCCAAGUGGCUCUUCAGAGCUUACGCUUCUUCAAUAGUUUUGCUGUUCUUGAUCUGCCGGCUUUCCAGUCUAUCGUAGGGGCUGAAGGACUGUCCCUGGCCUUCAGACACACUGUCAGCUCUCUGCUGUGGCACUGUUCCCAGCAUACCUGUGAAGCACUACUGCAUGAAGUCAUUGUGUGUGUGGGAUAUUUCACUGUGAACCACCUGGAUAAUCAGGUGAUCGUCCAAUCCGGCCGCCACCCCACCGUCCUGCAGAAGCUGUGCCAGCUGCCUUUCCAGUACUUCAGUGAUCCUCGCCUCAUCAAAGUGCUCUUUCCAACGCUCAUAGCCGCUUGUUACAAUAACCCACAGAACAAGAUCAUUCUGGAGCAAGAGAUGAGUUGUGUGUUACUUGCCACGUUCAUUCAGGAUUUCACGCAGAGUUCAGGCCAGAUAGACAACCAGCUUUCUCAACAAAGAGAAAAAAUCUUCAGCUCUCAAGAUUAUCUUGAACUCUCAAACCGGUUUCCUCGCCAGACCUGGGAAGAGGCACGCCAGUUCUUCUUGAAGAAAGAGAAAAAAUAAGUUGGUUUUGAAUUUUCAAAAUGGUUAACCUUUAUCAUUGUUGAGCGGUUUAUUCUUUAGGCAGUUGUUCUAAAGACUCUUUUUGUAUUCAAAAUGCAUAAAUGGUGUGUAUAUAUGCAUAUCUGUCUAUAGAUAGAUAGAUAUAUAGAUAUGUAAUAUAUAUGUAUAAAAAUAUUUUGCACUUGUGUCAGAAGAAUUGUACAUACAUUAAAGUUGUGUUUUGCCAUGCUGAAAAUAAGCUUUUCCAUUAAUAUAUGGUUCCUUGUGUCUUAUACCCUGUGGUGUAGUUUCUCUUGCACUGCAAAGCUGCUGACAUUUGGUUCUAUAAAUAUACUAGAUACAAUUGACCAGGAAGUUAUCCUGCAAAAAACCCUUUAAGUUAGUCAGAGCUGUACAAGAGCACUGUAGUGCCUUUGCUGCUUAUUCAUUUUAAUGGGGCUUGUGCAAGAGAUCUUCCCGGGCAAUUAUGUCCAUUGUUUUGUUCUAUAUCACUUGUAAUAAAAUAACUUAUUAUGUUCUAUUCCGAUGUAUUCAAUUAUUUAGAAAGCACAAAAGUCCUAAAUGUAGAUAUAAGCAUUUAAAUUAACUGAACAUAUAUGAUGUUUAAGCCCUUUGGGGCUUGGUUUCCAGUUUACUUAAAAUUUGUGUGUAUGUUGCAGAGGAAUUUGUACAUUUUUACAACUGAUGUUCUUGAUAUUCUGCUGCUGUAAGCGAGGGGUUUUCACUACACUUAUUAAAAGCAAUACUACAA